UGAGUUAGCCAAGCACUACUCAUAACAUGUAUUUAUGUAUCUGUUUAUUAGUAAGUCCGGCAGAGCUGUGCGUCUUCUAGUCAAACCAGGUCUGGGGUUUUUUCUUUUUAAUGUAUUUUUAUUUUUGAAAUCCAUGAACAAACGAGCAGGCAGGGAAGGUGUUACACAUCUGGAUCAUACCAACGCAUCGGGUCGUGAUGCUCGGGCCAGCACAGAUAUGAGGAUUUCUGAUUCCGCUGCGCAUAAAUGAUGAAUACACCACAGGACUGCCACUGUUGAUCUUUGCAUAAACCCAGAUGCCUCCCCUCCCUCUUGAUGAGCGCAUAGUGGUCAUUCAGCGCCCUAAAAACUUAACCCUGUGUGACGCUUCCCCACAAGCCAUCCCACAUCACUCCUCUCAAAUAUCAGCCUCUUCCAAUGGACAAGUCACUCACCCUUCUCAGUCCCAUUUCUAUUCACCCGCCUGUAAAUCUGUGACUCUGGGAUGCAAGCGCAGAUCCUCCCGUGCGCAGAAAUUCAAGGCCGACCAGCCUGUCAUCCCAGCGGGUGUCAGACACAUCCCUAGCCACUGCCAUAGCAAUGGCACUGUAACACUCGGCCCACGGCUGCCCUCCCACACACAUACUAUUGAUAUCAGGCUGACAGUGGACAAGGGAGGACGAGGAGUAUUAAGCAACUCAUUAGGGCGCAGCGGAAGUGUAAAAGGUGGUCAAGCAAAAUGUGUCUCUUUACAGUUGGAUCAAGGACAGUAUGAGAGAAAAACUGGAACUGCAGGGAGACCAGGUGUAGCCGAACAAAAGUCACAGCGAAGUCGCCAUAGUCAGCUGUCAUCUUCCCCCGGAGGCGUCUUACAGUUCGUCCCCGCUCAGGCGCAGCAGCAUAGGUUCAGGAGUGAAAAGGAAAAUGCUAGUUUUCUUAACAGAAGUGACCAGGAAUUCCCCUCUUUAAGUCACAAGAAGAAUUCCAAACUGGGAACUGUCCAUCAAAGCCAUAAUAGUCAAGGUCUGCCCUACCACCACAACUCCGUCCCUGUGCCCCAUGCCGCCAUCCUAAACUCCAGCUAUCCCUCGUCUCCUCCCUCCCAAUCCGCCCAUGUCCCAAUAUCAUUUCAGCAACUCAACCAGCCGAACCCAUCCCGCACCAGGGAUCACCGCCCUCACAUUCUUCACGCUCUCCCUGUCUCCCCCUGCUCUUCCAAUAUCGGAGGGUUUCCCAGCCCUGACCAUACCUGCACCAUCGACUGCGCCCACCCAUUCAGUUGUGGCUGUUGGAGGUUGGUAAGAUGCAGAGGAUUUAAGGGACACUCUGAUAGCUGCCAAGGAGGUGGAGGAAGCUCUUCCACCUCGUUUUCCUGUGUUCACAAUGUCGGAGCAGUGAAGAGAGGAGGCAAAGACAUGGGCCUAAGAAAUCUGGGUGGGUGUCUCUCCACCACAUCCACCUCCAACACCUCCUCUUCUAACAGCACUGUGUCUGAUUGCCGAGCAAACUUGUUCAAACCUCUCCGCUGUGCCUCCUGUUCUGCUGAGGCUGGAAACUUCGAGAGUCCUGCUUUCCUUCGCAAAAAACUGGUAGGGGGAUGUCUGCCCUGUACCCCGCUAUCGUCCUCUGCCCCUCUCCGGGCGAUACAGAGCUGUGUCACAGGCUGCAACCCCAAAGCCUCUCAGACAGGCAGCUCCACCUGCAGCUACUGCAGCAGCGACCCCAUAGUGGUGACAUUCAACCCCCGCCGAGGCAAACCCCCAGGAAGAGGCAUCGGAGCUGCUCAUCCAAUGGGUAUGUUCCAAGCCGAUGAUGAUGACUACAGCGUACGUACGAUCUGGCCUGAAGAAUUGGCCAAGAAGAUGACCCAUUCUAAAGCCCAAAAGAAUCACUGUGCAGGGAUGGGAAUAGGAGUUGGGAAGACCUGUGCAAGCCAGGCCCAAAAUGGCAGUACCGGAACAGGCCUUGUCCCCCUAGACUGUCAAAAACUCCAGGAAUAUGUGCAGCCUCAGCUAACAGACCAUGCAGGUCGACGGCGGCUUCAGCAGGGGAAAAUGGCUGCCCUUGAUUUUAUGGGCUACAAGUCAGGAUCUGGGUAUGACAAUGGCCGGAACUCGCUGAAGAGGCUCUUGAAUAAAGCCGAAGAUGUAGGAAUGGGCAAUGGUCCUGAGGAAGACGGAGAUGUAGCAUAUCCAUGUUCCCCCUCUCCCCGCUCUGCCUCCCCACCGACACCAGUGUCCUUUUCGCCUCCACCGUCCGCCCCUAGCACACUGAUCAAACCCAAACCCUGGCAGAGAGACAGGGAGGGAGGAUAUUCUCUGCCGUCGGCUCAGUCACUUCACCUGGCCCUCAAUUCCCUGAACAGAGAACAAGAUGAGGAGAACAGCAGAAUGCACCUUUCUCUGCCGCUCUCCUCUUCGUUACCGGCUUCUCUGUCAGAUGAGACCGUGAUGACACCUGAUGCAGAGAACGCCGUCGUCAGUCCCAUCUUGCCCUUCUUGUUUCUGGGGAACGAGAGAGACGCCGAGGACCUGGACCUGCUGCUGCGCCUCAACAUCGGCUACGUGGUCAACGUGACCACACACCUGCCUCUCUACCACGUCAGCUCUGGGCUGCGCUACAAAAGGCUGCCAGCCACCGAUAACAGCAAGCAAAACCUUCGACAAUACUUUGAGGAGGUUUUUGAGUUCAUUGAGGAGGCAUAUCAGAGUGGACAGGGAGUGUUGGUACACUGCCAGGCAGGCGUGUCCCGUUCUGCAACCAUUGUCAUCGCCUACCUUAUGAAGCAUACCCUCAUGACAAUGACAGAUGCCUACAAAUAUGUGCGGAGCCGUCGUCCAGUGGUGUCACCGAAUCUAAACUUCAUGGGCCAGCUUUUGGAGUUCGAGAGGGACCUCAACUCUGGGGUGACUCCUCGUAUCCUGAUGCCUAAACUUAACGGUGUGGAGACGCAGGUGUGAGAACGGUCAGGGUUCAGGAGUGUGUAAAAUGAGACAAACUAGAGGGAUUAAAUGGCAUUAAUGAUGA